CUCUAUUCUUCUUUCUUUGUCUGGCCUCUCUCUGUUGUGUAUGGGGUCAUUUCACUAUUACUCUCUCUUCACUUUCUCAUUAGUUGCCUGCCUUUUCAGUUAUUCAUCUCUCUCGCCUUCUUCACUCAUCCUCCCCAUUCCAAUCAAUGGUAUCCUUUCUUAGGUUACAAGAUUUGCUCUUCUCCACCAUUAAUCUCAUUCUCUCCGCUCUAGCUUGCUUCUCCUUCUUCAUUUACCUAUCCAUUAGCUAAUACCAAUACUGUUUGUGUGUGUUCCCCCCCCCUCCUGAAAAGCUGAUUUGCCCUUUUCACUUUCUCCCCAGUUUUUCCUCUUGUUUUCCAGUGGAAGUCAAUGCUUUUUCCUUCCUAAUUUCGCUUCCCAUUCAGUUCUGAGAUUCGUCAUUGGCCGGAGCAAAGCAGAGUCAUUGACCUUGACCUUAUUGGUUACUUUUACUACCCAGAUUGUGAAAAAAGGCACACCUUUUGCAGUUCCCACCUUGAAUUCCUCCAAUUCAGGGCUAGGGUUUGGUGGGUUCUCGAUGUUUGGCCAAUUGGGUAUAUGGGAUUUUGUGGGGGGAGGGGAAAGCCUCAAGCUUUGCCUCUAAUCUUCUGUUCCCUGCUGUGAUUUUUUGGGGGCGAAAUUGAGGGUUUGAGAGCGUAGCUACAUCUUAGAUUGCUCAGAAGCCUGUAAUGUCGAUGGACAAUAAGGAGGAAGAUGGAUGCGAUACCAAGCCUUUGAUAAGUAAAGAUGGCGAUGAAGUUGAGAAUCAAGGGGACGAUGGGGAAGAAGAAGAGGAGAGCGAGUCCAAUUCCUUGCUGGCUCCGAGGAAAGGUGGGAUGUCCAGGAAGUCGGAAAAGGUGCGGCGGAGUGUUCAGUGGAAUGAUAAAAAUGGGCAAAAGCUUGCCGAGAUUCUCGAGUUUGAACCCAGGUGAUGCCGACUCAGAUGACGAGGAUUCAGAUGCUUGUAUGUGUACCAUAAUGUAGAUAUCAUCUCACCACCACCACCACCAAGUAACGCAGUACUCAGCAAUCUCUAGAUGACUAUUGACUACUAGAGAACAUCCCCAAACCACACUCUCCUGUGCGGCUACAAUUUUGACUGUCCUCUGGUGGAAUCAAAGGUCCAAAUUCUUGUCAUACAAGUCAACCAUGAUUCAAGCAGUUUAUGAUUCUCAUCCUGACAAUAAUAAUAGAGCGGCAUACCAGAACUGUGAUGAAAGUAUUCAAGAGAUUUUUCCAGGCAGCUGCAAUUUGCAUGGAUCUUAUUACCUGAGCGGAGGCAGAAAGUCAUACAUCAACUCUGAUCUGUCAUAUAGAAAGAAGGGUAGCAAUAGAAACUGAAAGUGAACUUUGCUGGCAUACUUGCCAGAAUUUGUGCAUAUUGUGUAUCGACAUCUAUAGAUCACUCGAGAAUUACUUGCAAAGUGUUCCUCUUGUCUGUUUAACUGAGU